UCAAUAUCAAGCAGCAUUCGCAUGCCUUACCCACAAAAAGAUCUUACAGGACAAUACUCCAUGAGAAAGAUUUGGCUUCUUGUCCUCCUCAUCUUCUACCAUGCCUUUCCUUCAAAGGGAAUCAGCAGUGUUUCUACAAGACCAAGAACUGUUAACGUAGGCGCUCUCAUGUCCUUCAAUUCAACAGUUGGGAGAGUGGCUAAGGUUGCUAUACAAGCUGCAGUGGAUGAUGUAAACUCAGAUGUUACUAUUCUUAAUGGAACUGAGUUAAAGAUUUUAAUGUUGGACACCAAAUUAUCCACUGGGUUCCUGGGAAUCGUUGACUCAUUAAGAUUGAUGGAGAAUGACACUGUGGCCAUAAUUGGUCCCCAGUUCUCCGUGAUGGCUCAUGUGAUUUCACACAUUGCAAAUGAGAUGCAAGUGCCUCUCCUAUCAUUUGCAGCCACGGACCCUACACUCACUUCACUGCAGUUCCCAUAUUUUGUUAGGACAACACAAAGUGAUCUGUAUCAGAUGACUGCUGUGGCAGAAAUUGUUGAUCACUUUCAAUGGAGAGAUGUCAUAGCCAUUUACAUCGAUGAUGAUCAUGGAAGAAAUGGGGUGUCCGCUUUAGGGGAUAAGCUAGCAGAGAAACGUGGUAAAAUAUCACACAAAGCACCACUUAAGCCUGGUAACAUUACUCGGGAAGAUAUAAACAGUGCAUUAGUUAAGAUAGCUCUAAUGGAAUCGAGGGUAAUAGUCCUUCACAUAUACCCUUCUUUUGGUCUAGAUGUGUUGAAUGUGGCUCGUUCACUUGGCAUGAUGGGAAGUGGCUAUGUGUGGAUAGCCACAGAUUGGCUUUCUACAUUAUUAGAUUCAAACCCAUCAUUGUUCACCACUCAAUCCAUAAAUGACAUCCAAGGUCUUAUCACCUUGCGCAUGUAUACCCCUGAGUCAGAAAUCAAAAGAAAAUUUAGUUCUAGCUGGAACAAAGUGAGCAAGGAAAAGGAUCCUGCUGAGGGUCCUUUCGCAUUGAACACCUUUGGGUUUUACGCCUACGACACUGUUUGGGUGCUUGCUUCUGCACUCGAUGCGUUUUUCGGGAGUGGGGGAACAUUGUCAUUUUCAAAUGAUUCAAGUCUAAACAUGUUAAGGGGGGGAAGUUUUGAGCUUGAUAGCAUGGGAGUGUUUCUUGAUGGUGAGAAGCUGCUUAAAAGAAUUCUAGAGGUGAACAGAAGUGGUCUAACAGGGCAAAUGAUGUUUGGACAAGAUGGAAACUUGGUGCAUUCAUCAUAUGAAGUAAUUAAUGUGAUAGGCAGUGGAAUUAGGAGGAUUGGUUAUUGGUCUGAAACAUCUGGCCUCCACACUGGUGAGUCUCCUAAUCAUUCCAUUUCUGCUGAUGGACUCUAUGGUGUCAUCUGGCCUGGUCAAACGACUCAAACCCCACGUGGAUGGGUUUUUUCCAGCAAUGGAAAACCCUUGAGAAUUGGGGUGCCACUUAGAAUUAGUUAUCGUGAGUUUUUGUCAAGAACCGAGGGAACUGAGAUGUUUGGUGGUUAUUGCAUAGAUGUGUUCACUGCUGCUCUCAGCUUGUUGCCUUAUCCCGUUCCCUACAAGUUUUUUUCAUUUGGAGAUGGUAAAACCAACCCACCAAAUGCAAAACUUCUCAACAAGAUCACUAUUGGGGAGUUCGAUGCAGUUGUGGGGGACAUUACCAUUACCACAAACAGAACUAAGAUAGUGGAUUUUACACAGCCAUAUAUUGAGUCGGGGCUAGUUGUUGUGGCACCUAUAAGGAAGAUGAAAUCCAGUGCUUGGGCUUUCCUGAGACCAUUCACUCCAAUGAUGUGGUUUGUGACAGGAAUGUUUUUCUUAGUUGUGGGAGCUGUUGUAUGGAUUCUGGAGCGUCGCUUAAAUGAUGACUUCAGAGGUCCAGCUAGAAGGCAGUUUGUGACCAUUAUAUGGUUUAGCUUUUCAACCCUGUUUUUUUCUCAUCGAGAGAAAACUGUGAGCACCCUUGGUCGCUUAGUGCUGAUCAUAUGGCUGUUUGUGGUUUUGAUACUCAACUCAAGCUACAUUGCAAGCCUCACCUCCAUCCUAACUGUGGAACAGCUCUCAUCCUCAGUUAAGGGAAUUGAAAGCUUAGCAACAAGCGAUGAACGGAUUGGUUUCCCCAGUGGCUCCUUUGCUGAAAAUUAUCUGACAGAGGAGCUGAACAUACACAGAUCAAGGCUUGUUCCUCUGAACUCCCCAUCAGAAUAUGAAAAGGCCUUGAAAGAUGGUCCUGCCAAUGGAGGUGUCACUGCCAUAAUAGAUGAACGUGCAUACAUGGAACUCUUCCUGGCUACCAGAUGUGAAUACGGUAUUGUUGGGCAAGAGUUCACCAAGAUGGGAUGGGGCUUUGCCUUCCCAAGAGACUCUCCCUUGGCAAUUGACAUGUCAACUGCCAUCUUAAAACUUUCGGAGAAUGGUGAUCUUCAGAGAAUUCAUGACAAAUGGCUAACAAGAAGUGCAUGUAGCUCAGAGGGUGCAAAACAAGGCAUAGACAGACUUGAGCUAAAAAGCUUUUGGGGUCUGUUCCUACUUAGUGGAAUAGCAUGCUUCGUUGCUCUUCUUUGCUAUGUUGCAAGGAUGGUCUACCGAUUUAGAAGACACUCCAACAGUAACUCCGAAGGCUCUUCACGCUCCGCUCGUCUUCGAUCAUUCUUUAACUUUGUGAAUGAAAGAGAAGAGGAAGACAAACAUAUGUCAAAGAGAAAACGAACGGAAAAGGGAUCAAGUGGAAGGGUGGCGCAUGAUGAAGAAUUGGAUGGCUCCACUGUUAGUGUCCAUGUUCAAAAUUAUACCCGAGGCUAACAAGCUUUAUGCUAAUCUCAAAGUAUUUAUGUAUUAAGGAAAGGAAAACUAGCUACAAAUGUAAAGAGAUGCCAAAAGGUGAAAAAAAUUAGGAAAUGGAUUUUGUGAUUUUUUUUUUCUUCCUAAUUUUAGUUAAU